AUGUUUACAGAAGCUGAGCCAACACCAGAAUCUGGAUCGCUUCCCGACUCUGCACCACAGGACGAUGACCAAGACGCCUAUUACAUCGACAAGUCAGGCAAGCGAAGAAGACGACGACGACGAAGACAUCCGUCCAGGCGAUCGGGCGGACGCAGUGGACACACGCCAGCUCUCGACUCUUCUGAACAAGCUGAGCCAACACCAGAAUCUGGAUCGCUUCCCGACUCCACACCACAGGACGAUGACCAAGACGCCUAUUACAUCGACAAGUCAGGCAAGCGAAGAAGACGACGACGACGAAGACAUCCGUCCAAGCGAUCGGGUGGACGCAGUGGACACACGCCAGCUCCCGACUCUUCAGAAC